AGAUCCACGGUUCCUCGCUGGAUCUAUAAUGAACAAUGACCUUGAUGUUCCAUUGACCCACCAGCUACCCGCAAUGGGUACGUCUCGUUGUCGUGACGACCCCGCAUGUUGCCGUUUACACAAUGGUGAUACCUCGAAGGGUUCACAACGACGCGCUUUCUCAUUAUCGACACACUCCGUCGGGGGCUUUAGCAUCAACCAAUGCGACCAUGUUUCAUCCACACGUAGACUCGAUUCAUUUCUCGUCUUGUAUCGGUUUAUAUCUCCUUCUGUUUUGCCGGUCCUUGUAUGUACGAGGCCGCAGACAAAGAUCAUGUCGCGCGUCUCGGAACGGCAAUGCUGAUCACUUUGAUGGACCCACGAGAUGUGUUGCAGCUACACAAAAACUUUGGACCUGAAUGGACAUUUGUCGGCAUUUAGUACCUCACAGAAUCCCACAAACCACCUCAUUGCCGAGAGUUGCAAUUCCGAUUUUCACCGAGACUGCAGCACCGCAGUGACCUUGCCUCGACCAUCCUUACAAGGAAACGGUUUGGAUCAGGCACGC